AUGGGGUCUCUGGGAUUCAGGAGGGGUGAAUCGGUGGUCACCCAGGUCAGCGUCGGAGGAUUCGACGAGAAGGUCUCUGCCAUGGAGCUGGCGGAGUUUCUGGAGCACGAGGUGGGCCUCGUAUGGCGGUGCCGGCUGAAGACUCUCGCCACCCCGCCGGAGUCCUACCCCGACUUCAGCAGCGCCGCCAUCGCUGACACCGGCACCGCCGCCGCCCUGUGGAAGGAGGACUACGAGAAGGUGGCGCCGCACGCCUUCGUGCACUUCGUCGUCUCCGACGGCGCCGCCAGGGCCAUCAGAGUCGCCGACGAGAGGGGGCUGGUGCUCAACGGCCGUAGCCUCAUGGUCAGGUCCGUCGCCGACAGCGGCCUACUGUUUCGCCGCCGGCGGACGGCGGACCCCUUCAAGUUCCCCGCCGCCGGCCUGAAAAUGGGGACCCUCGCCGGCACCCACGAGCUCUGGUUCGCCUGGGAGGGCCCUGACUCCGGCGUUGACUUCGUGGUUGACCCCUUCGACGCCCGCUGCCGGCUGCUUUUCCCCAAGGACGUCGUAUUCUCUCUCAAGGGGAAGAGAGAGAAAGCCAUGCUCAGGUGCGACCUGAAGCUGGAGUUCUCAGUGAGGGAGAUGGAGGAGGUCAGAUUCUACAGCGACUCCUCCUCCAUCGUCGUCUUCCUCCGGCUGGCCUGCUCCCCGUUGGUUUUUUACAGGACGGCCGACGAUGACGUGUUCUGCUCGGAGCCGGUGAACCUGCUGGACGACGACGACCCCUGGAUCAGGACGACGGACUUCACCCUCGGUGGCGCCGCCGGUCGCUGCGGCUGCUACAGGCUUUCUUUCUCCCCUCGCUACGGGGCGAAGCUGAAGAAGGCGGCGGCAUACCUGACGGAGCAGGGGGUCACCGUGCGUGACCUCGACUGGCAGCUCGCCGUCAGGCGAGAACCCUCCUCCGUCGGCUCUGCCGCCCCCUCGUCGGAACUCUUUUUCUCGGUCCCGCCGGUCGCCGGCGUGGGCUUCGGGAUCAUGUUCCUGGUGAACGCUCUGGUUCACAAGGGCAUCCUGAACCAGCACCGGCUGUCGGAGGAUUUCUUCGCCCUGCUGAGGACCGACGACGACGACGACGGCGCCGCGGCCGCCCUGACGGAGGCGGCUCUGAAGCGGCUCUGCUCGUCGAAGCAGCCGGUGUUCGACUCCGCCGAGAGGCUGAAGCUCGUUCGGGACUGGCUACGGAGGAACCCCAAGCUCCGCCGGAGCCCCCAGGGCGCCGGGGAGACCGUCGAGAUGAGGCGGCUGGUCAUCACUCCGACGAGGGCCUACUGCCUCCCGCCGGAGCUGGAGCUCUCCAACCGGGUCCUCCGCCAUUACAGCGCCGUCGCCGACAGGUUCCUGCGGGUGACCUUCACGGACGAGGGAAUGCGGCGGCUGAGCAGUGGCGUGCUCACCUACUACCCGGCCGCCAUUGUCGGCGACCUCACCAGGAAGUUCUCCCCCCAGAAGACGGCCAUCUUCAAGAGGUUGAGGACGAUCCUCACCGAGGGUUUCAGCAUCUGUGGGAGGACGUACAGCUUCCUGGCCUUCUCCUCCAACCAGCUGAGAGACAGAUCAGCCUGGUUCUUCGCCGGCGACGGCGAGCACAGCGUCCUCUCCAUCAGGUCCUGGAUGGGCAGGUUCCCCGACCGGAACGUCGCCAAGUUCGCCGCCAGGAUGGGCCAGUGCUUCUCCUCCACCUACGCCACCGUCGCCGUUCCGCCGGCGGAGGUUGACCCCUGCUUCGAGGAGAUCGAGGGUAACGGCUACGUCUUCUCCGACGGCAUCGGCAAGGUCUCCCCGGAGCUCGCCAUGGAGGUCGCCCAGAAGCUCCAGCUCGCCGAAGAUCCCCCCUCCGCCUACCAGAUCAGAUACGGCGGCUGCAAGGGCGUCAUCGCCGUUUGGCCGGCCGGCGGCGCCGCCGGUGAGUACCGUCUCUCCCUGCGGCCGAGCAUGAGGAAGUUCGAGUCCUCCCACGCCGUCAUCGAGGUCGCCUCCUGGACUAAGUUCCAGCCGGGCUUCCUCAACAGGGAGAUCGUCACCCUCCUCUCCUGCCUCGGCGUCACAGACCAGGUCUUCGACGAGAUGCAGGCGGCGAUGGUCCGCCGCCUGGACGAGAUGCUGGUGGACCCGGCGGCAGCGAUGGAGCUCCUCACCUCCUCCAGCGGCGAGCAGGGGACCCUUGCGGCGGUUAUGCUCGGAGCGGGUUUCAGACCGCAAACGGAGCCCCAUCUGAAGGCGAUGCUCUCCUGCGUCCGCUCGGCGCAGCUGCGGGACCUCUUGAGGAAGACGAGGAUCUUCGUGCCCCGCGGGCGGUGGCUGAUGGGCUGCCUCGACGAGCUCGGCGUGCUCGAGCACGGCCAGUGCUUCAUCCAGUCGUCAUCCCCUUCCCUGGAGAAGUUCUUCUCCAGGCACGGCCGGCGGUUCUCCGGUGCCGCCGCCGCCGCCCCCCGGAGGGUGAUCACCGGCACCGUCGCCGUCGCCAAGAACCCGUGCCUCCACCCGGGAGACAUCAGGGUUUUGGAGGCCGUGGACGCCCCCGGCCUGCGGCACCUCGUGGACUGCCUGGUCUUCCCGCAGAAGGGCGAGCGGCCGCACUGCAACGAGGCCUCCGGCAGCGACCUCGAUGGCGACCUCUACUUCGUCACCUGGGACAAUGACCUUGUCCCCCCCGCUCGCCGGAGUUGGUCCCCCAUGGACUACACCCCCGCCAAGGUCAAGAUACACCCCUGCAAGGUCUCCUCACAGGUAAGCAGCUCCUCCCCCUUAUAGGGUUUCUUCUUCUUCCUCUUCUUCCUCUUCUUCCUCUUCUUCUAGGGUUUUCUGCAACUCUGCUGUUGUCGCAGGACAUCGUGGACUUCUUCCUGAAGAGCAUGGUAAACGAGAACCUGGGGCAGAUCUGCCACGCCCACGUGGUGCACGCCGACCGGAGCCCCGUCGGCGCCAUGGACGAGAAGUGCCUCCAGCUAGCGGAGCUGGCGGCGCAGGCCGUUGACUUCCCCAAGACAGGCAAGGUCGUCACCAUGCCCCGGGAGCUCCGCCCCAAGCUCUACCCGGACUUCAUGGAGAAGCCCCACCACCUCUCCUACUGCUCCGAGAAGAUUCUCGGCAUUCUCUACCGCAAGAUGCGCAGCUUCCUAGACCGAGAAGACAAUCCUUCGUCGCUCGCCGGAGAAGAAGGCGGCGCCGCCACCGCCGCUGCCAUGCCGACCUACGACGGCGACCUCGCCGUGGAUGGCGCGGCGGCGCUGCUGCCGGAGGCGUGGAGCGCCAAGCGCAGCUACGACGCUCAGCUGAACGCCCUGCUGGGGCAGUACGGCGUGGCCCAUGAGGGGGAGCUCGCCACCGGCCACAUCUGGUCGCUGCCGAGGGCUGCCGACAACCGCAGGGAGAGGGAGUCCAAGGAGCGCCUCAAGAGCGCCUACUCCGAGCUCCGGCGAGAAUUCCGGCGGGUCUUCGAGGAUCUCGGCAGUGCCGCUGCCGCCGCCGCCGCCGCCGCCGCCGAGGUUGCCGGAGCCGGAGAGGACGACGCCGGCCGACUGUACGAGGUCAAGGCCUCGGCGUGGUACCAGGUGGCCUACCACCCCGAAUGGGUCGAGAAGGCCCGCCAGAUGAGGGAACCCGGCGCCGCAGCCGCGCUCAGGCUCAGCUUCCCGUGGAUCGCCGCCGACUACCUCGCCCGGAUAAAGGUCAGGCGCCGCCGGGAUAGAGGGGAGCUCGACGGGAACCAGACGGAGAAGCCGGUGGACGCCCUCGCGGCAUAUCUCCGCGACAAGCUCUGA